AUGGCAAUGGCACCCCCCGGCAUUUCAGCCAAUGAUCGCUGUUGCACCCUAUUUAUGUCUCAAUCCGACUAUGCCAUUGGCAUCGACCCUUACUACCCUAGUUCGAGCGACCACUUGGACUUCGCCUGUGCUAAGGGAUAUCUCAAACAGUUCAACUUGACAGGGUUUCCUGAUUUCAGAAGCCCAAAUUUCAUGAAAGUUAUCGAAAUUUACAAAGAGUUGUUGGCCACCUGCCCCGACGCUGGGGCUGCUGGUCAUGUGUUCGAGUGGCAUACCGGAAUAUCAGAAUUGUCACCAGCCAAUUGGGCAUUUGGUAAUGAGCACGUUCAUUUGUGGCUGACUGUAAGUGAUAUCCAUCCUCAUACAUGUCACGACACAAGUUUGGAUCUUUUCUUUUUUUGGUUAUUAGCAACUGUUUCUCUGGUGCCAUGGAGCAAAAAACCACGACAUGUUCUUGACUUCGAGAACAAAGCGAUUUCAGCUAUGAGCGAUGGACAUGCUGAGGAAGACUGGGGUUGUUGUGCAAAUUGCAAUCGCACAGAUCCUAUCCAGCGAUAA